AUGCAACAAAAAGGAGCGAGCGAAUUUGUCAAAAAGCUUUUCCGUAUGUUGGAUGAUACUUCUUAUUCGACUAUCGUUUCUUGGAGUCCAAAUGGUGACAGUUUCAUCGUUAGAGAUAUGAACGAUUUCACAAAAUACGUCUUGCCGCGUCAUUUUAGACAUUCGAACUUUGCCAGUUUCGUACGACAGUUGAACAAGUAUGAUUUCCAUAAGGUGAAGAAAGAGGGAGGAGAGGGACAACCGGUAGCAUUGGGUGUUGACCAACAGUGGGAAUUCCGACAUCCUGCUUUCUUGAAAGGAAGAGAAGAUCUCUUGGAUAAUGUAAAGAGGAAAGCGCCACCCGCAAAGAAGGGUAGAAAGGACGAAGAUGAAUCACCUCGUGAUGGAAGUCCUUCUAUGCCAGGCGUCGCAGAUGCUGCCGAAAAGGGUGCUCAGGAUUAUGCUCAAUUGAAAGAUCAAGUAGCAACAUUGACUGCAUCUCAAGAUCAAAUGACAAGUCAUAUCAACAGUCUCACUAAGCAAUAUCAAGCAGUCAUCGGAGAGAUGCUCACCUUCCAGAAGAACAUGGUUCAACAAGAUCAAUUGAUGCAAAAUUUGAUUCAAUAUCUGAUGAAUCUGGAAGCAGACCGAAAGAUUGAUGCUUCCACUAACGGUGGCGCAUUUGUUUCAACAUCAGAUGCUGAAAAAUUGGUCUCUUCCUUCUCCGAUGUAGCCAAAGAGUCCUUCAGUCAAAUGAAUGCGGGCCUUCGUGUGUUUACGGUGGGCACCCUUCAACCUCGAUCUGAAAGUGCGGACGCAAAUCCGGAAGCUUUACAAUCUGCACUUUCUCGUGAUCCGCCAAGCGGCAAAGCAGGUGACAAUGACAGACCGUUUGGAAUUUCUGUACCAAAUUUGGAACAACUUCCAUCCAGGAUGCCACGUGUUGACGGAAGAACAACAUCUGCCAAUCCUACACCUAGACCAGGCGAAGAUGGAAAUGAACCUAGUACACCAAGCGAAGGCGGAAGCAAUAUGCUACGCAUCAGAAGGUCCACCUAUGUUCCGGGUUGGGCCGUACCACCAAAAGUCUUGGUCGUUGAUGAUGAUGACGUUUGUCGUAAAUUGGGCUCAAAAUUCUUGCAAGUUUUCGGUUGUGCGAUCGAUGUUGCAGUGGAUGGUGUUACAGCUGUGAACAAGAUGAAUUUGGAGAAGUACGAUCUCGUCUUGAUGGAUAUCGUCAUGCCAAAUUUGGACGGCGUUUCAGCAACUUCACUCAUUCGUGAAUUUGAUGCAAGAACGCCAAUCAUUUCUAUGACGUCCAAUUCUGGACCGCAAGAAUUGUUGAGCUACAUGUCUUCGGGCAUGAAUGAUGUUUUGCCAAAGCCUUUCACGAAAGAAGGUCUUUUGAAUAUGCUGGAAAAGCAUUUGAUCCACUUGAAAACUGUUCAAAAGAUGGAUGAAAUUCCAAAAGCGCUUGGGUUACCGCCUAUAAGUGGUGAUGUGAUGCAAAAUGUCUUGGCUGCAACAGCUGCCAGUGCUCAAUCGAUGGCAUCAUCGACUGCAAUCAUGUCACCGGGAGAUGGUGCAAAUCCUAUGGCAGCAAUGAUGGGUAAUGGACCUGAAGCGCUGCGAGCAUCGCAAGAUCUAGGAAGCAGCUUCCACAAUCCCAAUUCUAUUCACGGUACCGGAGUCGAUGAAGAUGGUGAACCCUUGGUCAAUCCGUUGGCUGGAAUGGGCUUCUCUGAUGAGGAAUACAUUUCCAUGCUUCAAAAUUUGAUUGCUGCUGGAGCGGUCUCUGAUACGAAUAAAGGUGAAAUGGCUGAUUCUGUAGCCAAUGUCAUGGGUGUCUCGCGUGGAGAAGGAAGCUCGGCUGCUAAUGUGCCAAGAUCCAAGGAAGGUACGCCCAUCAAUGCUCCUCGUGGAUCCAUGUUGCCCCCUUCGCAAGGUAUCAUUCGUAAACGCUCUGUCGACAGCAGUGUUGAAGCAAGUGAAAUGAAGAGGUCCAGAUUCACAGAAAUGCCAUGAUGCUCUUUGGCUUUUUUCCUUUAUCUUUUUUGCUCUUAUUCGGAACAGGCAUCAUCCCUUCCCCAUAAUAUUCCCGUUUUGUCUUUUUAUAUUGUUUUCUCUUCUUGCAAGUUCGCUGUAUUGUUUCCCUUUUUUUUUGUUUCUCUCUCUCUAAUCCCUUUGCAUUGGUUCGGUUCUUUAUACAAAACAAUUUCCAACCCUUUUCAUCGCUCUGUUCGCAUUGCAUUCUGUUAUAAUCACCAAAAUAAUAUGAUACAUCUGGAACGU